AUGAUCGGAAAAGGUUCAUUUGGUGCAGUGUACCACGCCUACAAUUACGAUGCCGAGGAAUGGAUUGCGGUCAAGGUAGUCAAUUUGCCAGAGAGUGGUAACCCAGGGUCGUCGAGUUUGUUUGUGGAUACCAAGAGACAGGAAGUGAUUGACGAGAUCUUUCGAGAAACCGAAGUGCUGAUCAAUGUCCAGCACCCAAACAUCGUUGAGUAUCUUGGAUCAGACAUUGACAUGAAGAGCGGAAAGGUCUAUAUGUUUCUUGAGUACGUACCAGGAGGAAGUAUCUCUGCCUGUCUCCGAAACAACGGAAAGUUUGAUGAGCCUCUUGUUCGUAACUUCACACGCCAGAUUCUCGAAGCACUAGAAUAUCUUCACAGCAAAGAUAUUCUUCAUCGAGAUAUCAAGGGUGCAAAUAUUCUGAUCGAUAACAAUGGUGUCUGUAAAAUCGCAGACUUUGGCUUAUCCAAAACAGUGGCUAAAUACGAGGCUUAUAAUGAAAAUGCUCAGAAUUCAUAUAUGCGAGGCACAUUGAAUUGGAUGGCACCUGAAAUGAUAAAAUCUGGAGUAUACAAUGGAAAAGUAGACAUUUGGAGUCUGGGAUGUACUGUUGUUGAGAUGUUGACAGGAAAACUGCCUUGGUCUGGAGUUAACAAUAAUAACACUGUUAUAUUCAAACUUGGUAGUGGAGAAAGCCCUCCGAUGCCUACAGGCAUUUCAGAUUUAGCAAAAUCAUUUAUCGAAAAAUGCCUUACAAUUGAACCCAAAGAUCGCCCCUCUGCAGAAGAGCUUCUUAGUCACCCGUUUAUAUCAAAGGAUCCUAGCUUUGAUAUGAUGACUGAAGUUGUCAAACUGGGUCUGGAAAGAAAGGUGUCUCGUAGAGUUGUUGCUGUACGUUAG